AUUUGCACACACAGAGCAUCACCACCACCACGCACUACUUAACGUUCAUAACCGCUUUUUCUCAUCUCUCUCAACUCUCUCUGUGUAAUUUGAAUUUGAAAUUAGACAAACAAAAUGAAGCUCAAAUCAACUAAAAACUAUUCAAAACUAAAACCAGAGCCUGAGCCUUACAUUAUGAAGAAGCAGCGAACCAAGACCACUCGCCGGCUCCGGCAAAAAAUCUCUCCGAUUGUCAUUUCUCCGACGGCGAACUCCGUAUCUUGUGACUCAAGCAGAGUUACAUUUGAUUCAAAUGCGAAGAAGAGGAAAUUACACGAUCUCGACGGUAGCAGCAACACCGUGCCGGUUCGGAGAAUCACGAGAUCUUACUAUAAGCAGCUACAGGACGAGAAGAGAUUUCACGGAGUUAACGACGUUGAAGUUAGUGAAGCUUCUUCAUGCGUUGAAUCUAACUCCGAAGCUGAUUUUGCUGCUAUUUCUGCUAAUAAUGUACGUAACGGUGUCGUUUCUAGUGCUUCUGAAGCACGUUAUUGUAAACACAAGAAAUCGCUUGAAACAGAGCAGCUGAUUCAGCCUGAGUUUUCUAAAAACGACGCAGUUUCAGUUGAUGAAUCAUCUGUCGUCGACCAGAAGUCGAAGAGCAGCUUAGGAUUUGAAACUGAUUUAUCUUGCGCAGAGCAAUUCUCUUACGACGAUGUCGUUUCGGAGUAUUCUUCUAGUCACGAGAAUGAUUUCUCUGAGCUUUUCGAAGUGUUUCAGAGCUCAUCGGACGGCUAUGAGUUCUCAGAUGACUACACACCGUCGAUUUUCUUUGACUCUGGAAGUCAGUUCUCCGAGAAAUCUACCGAUGAUUCUACUCAGUCUCCUACGUACUCCUUAUCGCUUGAGUUUCGACGUCAAUUCUUGAGAUCUAGUGUCUCUCUAGAUCCGACUGGAUCUUCGCUUAUGAAAGCAGAGUGUCUAAACUUCGAGAAGUUCAAAAAUGAAGAUGACGAGGAUAGCUAUCAAAGGCUACGGGAAAGAGAGAGACGGCAAUUAUUUUUACAUGACUACGUGGAGGUUUAUCGGUCCACGACGGAGUACGGCGAGCUAGUAUCACAGCAACGGCUACUAAUGGUCCAUUGGAUUAUUGAGCAAGCAACUGCUAAGAAGUUGCAGCAGGAAACUUUGUUCCUUGGGGUUAGCCUUCUGGAUAGGUUCUUGAGCAAAGGACUUUUCAAGAGCCUAAAAAACCUUCAGAUUGUUGGAAUAGCCUGUCUUGCAUUGGCUACCAGAAUUGAAGAAAAUCAGCCCUACAACUGUGUGAGGCAAAGAAAUUUCCAUAUAGAGAGCAAUAAGUAUACCAGGACAGAAGUAGUUGCCAUGGAGUGGGUGGUGCAGGAGAUCCUCAACUUCCAAUGCUUAUUGCCUACAAUCCACAACUUUAUGUGGUUCUAUCUGAAAGCUGCUAAAGCUGAUGCGGAGAUGGAGAAGACUGCCAGAUACUUGGCAAGACUAGCACUAUCAGUCAAUGAGCAUCUUCGCUACUGGCCCUCGACUGUUGCAGCAGGACUUGUUAUUCUCGCUUCUCUGCUAAGCGAGCAAAUGGAAUCCUAUCAACGGGUCAUUGAGGUUCACAUCAGAACAAAAGAAAACGACUUACACGAGUGCAUAAAGACAAUGGAGUGGCUGAUACAAUAUGUAAGCUAGAAAAAUGCACAAAGGAUUGUAACUUCACAUUUUUUCUCUCCAGCCAUUCAUUACUACUCAUAUACAUUACAAAAGUCAUUUAAUAGCUCCCUAUAUACUCAUAAAAAAAGCAACUUAUAGGUAUCUGAUUCUUUUCCAAUUGUAGUAUAAAGUCUCUCGUUUUCUGUCCAUAAAAUGGCCGGAGACAGAGUCUGUAAUUCAUUCAAAUGUGCAAAUUUUUGAGACUAGGCAUCGCCUGUUAAUUGCAAAUAUCCCCUUUAUUGGUUAAAAAUUC